AUGCGGGCUGGAAGAUGUAACCCGUUUGACCGCAUGCUUUGCGACCCUUUUUUCCCUUCUCUUCUUCCCCCACCCCGCCCCCCACCUCCCCCCCUCCCCCCUUCUCCCCUUCUCCCCUUCUCCUCUCUGCAGCGCCAUCCACCAUGGUGUCUCAAAUCAUUCAGCACCAGCGGAUCGAAACCACAUCUUCCCCUCUCCGCCUCUUCUCCCACCAUCAUUCCCCCCACACCUUCCUCGCCCUCCUCCCCUUCUUCUCCCCCUCCCUCUUUCCCCCCUCCCCCCCGCAGCACCAUGGUGUCUCAACUCAUUCAGCACGAGCGGAUCGAAACCACUGUUGCUAAGGCCAAGGAAUUGAGAUCCGUUGCGGAUCGAAUGGUCACACUCGCAAAAGAGGGUACACUGCAAUCGCGCAGGGAGGCAGCAGCAGUGGUGAGGGGGAAGGACGUGUUACAAAAGCUGUUCUACGACCUGUCGGAGAGAUACAAGGAUAGAGCUGGAGGCUACACUCGAGUGCUCCCAACUCGAACCCGCGUCGGGGAUGCAGCUCCCAUGGCUUAUAUCGAGUACAUCGACCGGCCCGACGAGCUUCGUCGCAGUCGGCCCCCGUCAAUUCCCCCGCCUCCCUCCGAGCCCCAGGCCCCUUGGGUUCUCUCCGCCCUCAGGAGACACUGGGCUCCUCCUGCUGCUUCAGCUGCUGCUGAUUCUGGUGCUGCUGCCCCACCCACCCCUGGUGAUGCGUCCACCACGCCACCCAGCAGUUCCUAG